AUGGUGGUCGCGAGCUCAAAGGCCGCGCGAGCUGACUCAUUCCUUUCAGGCACCGAGCUUUCGGCAGCGGGCCUGGGGGUCAUCCCUGUGCUUGUCAAGGCCUGCAACGCACUUCAGCUUGGACAUUCCGAUGUCCUUCAUCCCGAUCCUCCAUUCCUGUCCCUUCAUCCGGCCCGUAGAAAAGCAAGUCCGGGAUCACAGCGCCCUCUUGUUCCCGCAGCCCUCCCCCCCAAAGAGCCCAACGCCUCGCAAAUAAGGAAUGUACCUCAGAAUGAUACGAGGGAUCCCUGUAUGGUCUAA